CAUACACCAUCCCCUCAAGACAUGUCAUGUUCCAUUUUCUCUUAAAAAUAUCAAAGCACCAACCAAUAUAUAAUCUCCUCAACCCUUCUCUUUCUGCUCUCAGCUUGUUCGUUCCUUUCUCAAGAGAACACCAAGCUACACACUACACAGCCCAAUAAGCAAAUUCAACAAAAUACCCUAUUCCAAUUACCAAACCUCAGUUUUCUUUUCUUAAUAAUAAUUUCACUUAAGCCCUUUAAUAUGCAGACCCUCACUUCGCCGUGCGCUAACCCUAUCAACUAUCUCAACCGGCCGUCUCACUCGCUUAUUCGGGUCGCUCCGAUCCGAUUUAGGGUCAAAUGCGGUUACGGCUUCGAAACCGCGGGUUUUUCGCAAGGAUUCGGCGCGACUCGAGCCGAUUGGCAAAGCUCGAACGCCAUCUUAGCCAGUAAAAUUAUGUCGCAGCAAGAGGAUUCUCCUGCCGGCGACAACAGCCCCGCCGCCGUAAACGGCAAUAACGCUGCCGUAACAAAUCUAAAUAUCGUACCUGUCAAACACGACGGCGGCAACAGCAAGCCGCUUCCGCCGAAGCCGCUCUCGAUCACCGACCUCUCCCCAGCACCGAUGCACGGCUCGCAGCUGCGCGUGGCGUACCAAGGCGUUCCCGGCGCGUACUCGGAGGCCGCAGCGGGAAAAGCGUAUCCGAACGGGGAAGCCAUACCGUGCGACCAGUUCGAGGUGGCGUUCCAGGCAGUGGAGCUCUGGAUCGCGGAUCGCGCUGUUCUGCCGGUUGAGAACUCCCUCGGCGGCUCGAUACACCGGAACUACGACCUCCUCCUCCGCCACCGCCUCCACAUCGUCGGCGAGGUCCAGCUCCCGGUGCACCACUGCCUCCUGGCACUCCCCGGCGUCCGCAAGGAGUUCCUCACGCGCGUGAUUUCGCAUCCGCAGGCCUUAGCGCAGUGCGAGCACUCACUCACGAAACUCGGCCUCAACGUGGCGCGUGAGGCAGUCGACGACACUGCCGGCGCCGCGGAAUUCGUCGCGGCAAACGGCCUCCGCGACACGGCGGCGAUCGCGAGCGCCCGCGCCGCAGAGCUCUACGGUUUACAGGUCGUCGCGGAUGGAAUCCAGGACGAUCCGAACAACGUGACGCGGUUCGUGAUGCUGGCGCGCGAACCGAUAAUUCCGCGCACGGAUCGGCCGUUCAAGACGAGCAUCGUCUUCGCUCACGAUAAAGGAACCUCCGUGCUUUUUAAAGUGCUUUCCGCAUUCGCGUUUAGGAACAUUAGCUUGACGAAGAUCGAGUCCAGGCCUCACCGUAGCCGUCCGAUUCGCGUUGUUGAUGAUGAGAGCGAAGGAACCGCCAAACACUUCGAGUAUUUGUUUUACAUCGAUUUUGAGGCUUCUAUGGCGGAAGUUAGGGCUCAGAACGCCCUCGCUGAGGUUCAAGAAUUCACCUCUUUCCUGCGAGUGUUGGGGAGUUACCCUAUCGAUAUGACACCCUGGAACCCCUCUUGUCCCCGAGAAGAUUGACAUUGCAAAUUUCUCCCGCGCUUCUCAACUACAAUUGCCCAUAUUAUCAUAUAUCCACCACUCUCCAUCUUCCAUUUGUGACGGAAAACAUCAAAUUGUUUCAAUCCCCGUGUAUAGUGUAAUGGAGUAUCGAAUCGACAGUGUAAAUACUGUCACUUAAUUAUUUUUUAAGCAUUUUUACUUAGUUAACAAUGUGUGAAAAUCAAACUAUCUCAUAUUCUCUCUA